AUGGAUACUGACUAUCUGCUAGGCUUGGAAGAGCAAUACUAUCAAGAGGGAUACGAGGAAGGUGCGCAAGAAAAGGCCCAACACAAUUUCACCGAGGGCAAGCAAUAUGGACUGCAGGUAGGGUUUCAACGAUUUCUGAUUCUAGGGCAAAUUCAAGGGCUUAUUGAAGUUAUUGAGACUUGUGGAACGCCAGGAACCUCUAUUUUAAAGAAUAUCGAAACCGUGCGUGGAUUAUUGGCAGAUAUCAAGAUGGACAAUGAUGAUGCGAAUGUUGCUGAGUAUGAAGCUAGGAUCGUCAAGAUUAGAAAUAAACUGAGAACAAUUUUGUUACUUUUACAAAGACAGACAGAAAAUAAGAUGAAAGAUCCAUUAACACUCGAUAAAGUGGAAAAAGUUUCAAUGAUCAUAGCUGGUCAACUGAAAGGCUACGUCGACAACGAAGAGAGCGAAGCCGAGGUACGAGAUCAAAUGCAAGACUGGUGA